AUGCAUGUGAUAAACGGGUAUCUGUUUGCCGUAUUCGAACCCGGUUACGUCGUAACUGGCCUAGGCAACCUAACCGCUAGUGAAUUUGAACGUUUCAAAAAACUUCAAAUUUUAAAGCCAGCAACAAUCGUAGAAGACAUGAACAACAAAAAUAGAAAAACUAGUGUCGACAUCAUCAGAGAGGUCAAAACUCUCCUUAAUUACGAGGGUCUCAAGGCAGUUUCCACGACGAAACGACCCGAAACACCUCUUGAGGAGAAUAGAAAAUUAUUAUUAAGAAAGUGUAGCGCUAAUGAGUUGAUGACUACUGCUUCCGCUAGUGGCGCGACUAAUAGCGGCGAUAAUUUUGAAUUCAAUUUUGAGUCCAGACCGUCGUCUGCGGCCAUUAGAUUGGCGCCUCUCAAUAUUGAUAAGACGAGAUCAUUAUCGGCGGGAAAGCCGAAAAGCGCCACUCUGAGCAAAUCUCGUCUGAAACAGCCACAUCAGAAAAAUAUUUCAGCUCUGAAACCGCUCGAAGCUUUCCAUAACUUACCGGCUAAUGCUAAUGAAAUCAAUAUUAGCAAUAAUCAUAGUGAGUUGUUAUCAUUUUUUUAUCUUCAAAAUAAUAACAAUAAUAAAAACGGUGAUAAUAAUGAUACUGAUAAAAUGAGUAAGAAGAAGAAGAAACUAUAUAGUAAGAAUGAGGAUUUUGACGAUGAUGAAGGCGAUGAUGAGAUAUUGGCCUUCGUUGAAAGUAUUAAAACCUCGCAAAAGAGUGAGUUGUGA